AGUAAAUAUAAUUCUACAAUUCCAGGUUCCGCUUACUCAAGACCGUAUUGGACAGACCGUGGUUCUUACCCAUGUCAGGUUCUUCAGCUUCAAAAAACCAUUGGACAGAGCGUGGUUUCUACCCAUGUCAACUGUGUGGUAAAUCGUACAGCUAUUACAGUAAUUUUUAUCGACACACUACAUUUGAGUGUGGUAAAGAACCACGAUUUGCCUGCCCCAGAUGCCCAUACAAAUCAAAGCGGAGAAGCAGCCUUAAACAACACUUCUUAGCUAGACACUAUAGUGAGUUAACAGCACCAAAUGAGAACUUCUGAUGCUGUGCAGAUGGUAAACUUGGAACUCUUCUUUAAUCAUGGUUCCUAUUUGCUGAAACUUUUUGUUUUCUCAAAUGAAGUGGGAUCUGCCAUGUAUUUUGUUAAAUAUGUGCAUAUUCUGUGUUUAUCGAUUGUUUGGCA